AUGAAUCCAGGUUAUAGCGAUGUUGUAUUGUUAGUACAGUUUUCAAGAAAAAUAGAAAGUAGAACUUUUGUUGAAUAUAAUUCCUUAAAAUUAGCAUUAAAUGGGAUAUGUCAACUAUAUGAACAAGCAAUAAAAGAAAAUGACCCAUCAGUGCAAAGGAUAACAUAUAAUAUGAAUGAUUUGUUUUUAUACAUCGAUAACGUACAAAAAAUGACUAUAAUGUUAUUUCACCAACCCACAUGGACGUACAAGCCUCACGACAAAAAAUGGAUAAAGCAAAAAUUAGUUGAACAUAUUAAAGAUCAGAUUGGCCAAUAA